GCGGAGGAGGGAGCGGCAGCAGCAGCAGCAGCAGCAUGGGGCUGGAGCUGUACUUGGACCUGCUCUCGCAGCCCUGCCGGGCGCUCUACAUCUUCGCCCGCACCAACAACAUCCCCUUCGAGUUCAAGCACGUGGAGCUGAUGAAGGGGCAGCAUAGGACCGAGGAGUUCAGGAAGGUGAACAUGCUGAUGAAAGUGCCCGCACUAAAGGAUGGUUCUUUCACCUUAGCAGAGAGCAUUGCGAUCCUCCUGUACCUGGCCCGGAAAUUCAAGACUCCUGAUCACUGGUACCCCGCUGACCUGCAGAAACGGGCUAAGGUGGAUGAGUACCUGUCAUGGCAGCACGUCAACAUUCGUGGGAAGGGGAGCAAGCUGUUCUUAACUAAGGUGCUGCUGCCUCUCCUUACGGGCCAGCCACUGUCUCCAGAGAAACUGGAAGGUGUUACUGAAGAGCUGAACGUUGUCCUGAAGCAGUUUGAGGAGAAGUUCUUGCAGGACAAGCCCUUCAUCGUGGGCAACGAGAUCUCCCUGGCAGACCUCGUAGCGCUGGUGGAGCUCAUGCAGCCUGUUGGUGCUGGCUACAACCUCUUUGAGGAGAGGCCAAAGUUAGCGGAGUGGCGCAGUCGGGUGGAAGAAGCGGUGGGGAAGCAGCUCUGCCAGGAGGCGCACGAAGGGAUCUUGAACGCCAAGAAUUUGACCGCUGAUAAAAUUGCACCUGAACUGCUGGAGCACUUCAAGCACCAGCUCCUAAAGCAGUCUAGCUAGAAUUAGCUAAUUCCACUCAAAUUAAAAUGAAUUAUUUUGUGCAGGCUUUUCCUAAUAUUUCUGCAUUUCCUUUAAAAAUCAUACAAAAACACCAUUCCACCAAAUGCACUUCAAUUACAGCCUUUCUGCAACUUAAAAGGGAAGAAAACUAAGUCUUAAGCAGACUGCAGUGAGCUGCUUUCCUCUCUCGUCCACUACAGAUAUAUGAGCUGCAGCCCUAUAGGCUUUUCUUUCUUGCUCUGACACCACUGGAUCUGCUUCAGGACAGAGGCAAUUCAGUCCACGUGGGAACAGGGCUAGUCAGAACUGCCCUUUUCGGCAGAGGUUUCCUGAAAGGGUGGCAGGACAGAGCUGCCUGAAACAAGGCAUUUUAGUUGUAGAAAAUGACACUCACUUUGCAGCAAGCUCAGUUGAAAGAUUUUUGCUCACUUGGUAAAGACAAUUGCCAAGAACCAGCCCUUGGCAGGGGGACCCUGCCCAGGAAGGUGUGGGAGCACCUGGCCACUAGAGGCUGCUGCGUUACAUGUCGGGAUGACGGGACGCAGCACCCGAGGAGCAGGGAGGCUGUGCAGGUUUCCGAGUGAGGUCUGGGAAGGAUGGGGUGAGUUCCAUGAAUAAAGGUCCUCAACCAUAGACUUCUGCCAUAAUCUACAAAUAACAGACUGCACAGUUGAGAAAAGCUGCUUUUCUUGGUGAAACCGCUGCCAACCACCCCGUUCCCCAUCCUCAAGCCAUAUUGGUGCUCUGUCCUUUCCCCCGGAGAUGCCCUGUCAGCUCAAUGGAAGACAUUUAAGCCAGGUUCUCCACUGCUGAACGCUGCUGUGGCUGGGCCAGUACCUGUGGCAGAGGGAGCUGUGGUGGCCAGCCCCAGGGUGAGUGGAGUGCCUAGCUGGUGAACCAACCAGUGCCUCAAUACUGUCAAUGUUCCACUACUCUUCUGUCGUGUCAGAUUCUCCAGUAAAGUUAAUGGUUACAAUUGCCAUGUGUAGUUCUGUUUGGAUUUGUAAACAGGAUUUGGAAGGGAGCGGCCAUGGAUUCAUUACACACACUUGUGCAGCUGCCUUCAUAACCUCUUGGCUGUGUCCUUCUGUACCCCUCUUGCUUUCCUGUCUUCUUCCUGCCUCUGUAACCUUCCAUUUCCAGGUAAGAGCCAUGACGAGGGUUCUAGUUUCCAGGGCUGUUUUUUCCUCCUUGUUAAGCACCAGUUGUAGCUGGAAGUCUCUGUCUCUGCGCUGUGAUCUGCUAGAUGGUUACACCACCCGCAGUGGUGGCAGCGUGGUAUGCUGGGGGUGAGACGUCGGCUACCUCAGCCACCCCCAGCAUACCACAGCAGCUUAAGUGACUCAGUGCUGAGAAAAGGUGAAAAUAGCUGCUCAAACCAGUCUCACACUCUCACCAGGACCUGCUGUUUCAGAGGGGUAAACCAGCUGCCCCUCCUGUGUUUGAGUUUCCUGAGUAAACCUGCCCUCUAGUUCAAAAGGGCACCAUGAACCAGAGCUUGCAAUGCGCGUCCCUCAGGGCUGAGAUACACCAGCCAAGCAGGCCAGUCCCCCUUUCAUUCUUCCAACCUGCAGGAAAUCCUAAACGUCAGUGGUGAAAAAAACAGAUUUACCCCCAAACUCUUUCGGUUUCUGUGCUGACACAGGCAGAGGAUACUUGUAUUCUCACCUGAUUUUUAUUGGUAUAUGUUUGUUGAGGACAGCUUGCUGCACUCCAGCCAGAAAACUCAGUGACAGCAGUUUUCUUCUGGCCCUGAGAGUGCUUGCAUUGCUGCUACCUGACCAGUAACCUCUGCAAGUGCUGCACUGGUCCUCUGCUGUAGCAGUUUGCUUGCAGUGCUAAACCCAAAGAAAACGGCCUGUUUAUGCCGUACUGCCAACCACUUCCUUUCUUCUGUAACUUGCAGCUUACCACAUCCACCUGGCUGGGCUUCAGUGCACCAUUGGAAUAAAAUAAUUCCUUCCUUGCUACCUCACCAAAGCCAUCCCACCUUGCUGCACUCUCUCCUGUUGGCACCUUUUGUACUUUGUGUAACUUCACGCUCCUGACCUCCAACUUCUCCCUUUUUUGUAGAGAGUAAACUUCCUAUUACCAGCACAGUAAAUUCCUCAGCUUCUGUUCAACUAUAAACAGAGCAGAGACAAUCAAAAUCAAGAGCGAAAUGUACAGAGUGCUAACCUUGCAGAGACCUCAAACGUUAGCAGUGCCUUUCUUGAUAUAUCCCUGCAGAAUCUCUAGGUACGGCUGCUGUGCAUACAAAACCAUUGCAUGAGCCAGAGUAAAUAGUGUCUUUUUUUAUUAUUAUUUCUUAUUUAUGAUACCUACAGCACAAGAGCUCUGUGUAAGAGAUUCUUGAGCCAAUUUUCUGCUUGUUUGAAUAAAGCACAAUUUCCUGAAAGGUCA